AUGAAUGGAAUGCCCUGCGAGAGGAUCCCUCCAUGUGCCCCCACUGGUGAUUGUAGAGAAAUGCCAAUGAGUGAAGCGCUUAGAUUCACAAUCACCCAUUUUCACAACCAAGUAAGAGCAACGACAGCAACAACCACACCUGGUGCCUCCAAAAUGAGAGCCCUUAAGUAUAAUAUCGAUUUAGAAACUGUGGCUCAGUGCUGGAUCAACACCUGUACUGUCGAAAAGAGCGUUUGCCUGAUCACACCCCUCUACAACGCCUUUGGACAAAACUUGGGAGCAAUCGAUAUUUUUGAUCGGCCUGAGAUAGAUCCUCUGAAUGAUCCUGCUUCCCUAUGGCAAGAAAUGAUGACCAUUUGGAUUGAUGAGGUGAAUAACAUUAAUGCGGCAAUAAUACAGAAACUACCAUCGCCUGAGGAAACUUAUCGGUAUGAGCACUACACGCAGAUUGUUACUGACUACACUACGCACAUAGGAUGUGCUUGGAGUUCCUCCAACGAAACCAUCCAUUUCGCUUGUUUUUACGGACCACCGGGUGGAAUAAAGGACCAUCCUGUAUAUGAGUUUGGUCCUUUUUGUUCUAAAUGUCCUGAAGGUACUGAGUGUUACAAACCCUUGGGGCUCUGCGCCCAAAUAGAAACUGGGGUUCAACACUGGAAGAUGAAAAUGAGGGGAUUGGAGCCUCUUUCUCGAGGUGUUGGGAUGUCUUCAACUACGAGGAAGGUUAUGAUUUUAUGUUUAGCGUUUUUGGUGUUAUAUGAUUUUAUAGUUAUAGGAUUGGAAAUUAACAUAAGAGUAAUGCAAUAAAUUGUUGAAUACGUGAAA